AUGGCCGAAACUGACGCCGCCGCUGCCCCUGCUGCUCCCAGCUCGCCCGCGAAAAAGGCCCCGAAGGCCAAGUCGCCGAAGGCGCCCAAGUCUUCGAAGCCGAAGACGAAGCCGGAGCACCCGCCGGUCGCCAGCAUGGUAACCGCCGCCAUCAGCGCCCUGAAGGAGCGCAACGGCUCCUCGCUGCAGGCCAUCAAGAAGUACAUCGCCGCGAACAACAAGGUCGACAUUGAGCGACUUGCGCCCUUCAUCCGCAAGUUCCUCAAGUCCGCCGUCACCAAGGGCUCGCUGGUGCAGGCUAAGGGCAAGGGCGCCGCUGGCUCCUUCAAGCUCAACAAGGACGCCCCCAAGCCGAAGGCCGCCAAGGUGAAGAAGCCCAAGGCCGACAAGCCCAAGUCGGACAAGCCGAAGGCGGUGAAGAAGGCCAGCGCUGCCAAGCCGAAGGCCGCCAAGCCGAAGAAGGCCGCAGUCGCAAAGAAGGCUGCCUCGCCGAAGAAGGCCGCCAAGCCUGCCGGAGAGAAGAAGGUGGCCGCCGCUGCCAAGCCGAAGGCCGCCAAGCCAAAGGUGGCCAAGGCGCCCGCCGCGAAGAAGCCCAAGGCCGACAAGCCCAAGGCGAAGCCCGCCAAGUCGCCCAAGAAGGCGGCGGCGGCCAAGCCCAAGGCUGCGGCCAAGAAGCCCGCCAAGAAGUAA